GUUUCUCAGCAGCCUGGAGCACCGUGGAGAGUCAUGAGUUACUGCAGCAUCCUUUUUACAGCCUGUCAAAGAGAGAAAACCUAUCACACAUCUUCUUUUUUUCCACAUGCACCAGCUGUGACAAAGAGGGUUCCACACGGCACUCACUCACGUUUUUUGUUUUUUUUUUCCCCUCCCCUGUCUGAGUCACAUGAUCUUUUGGCUAAACUGUCUUAGCCUCCCAGCAUCCACAUCUGUACUUUCUCCCACAGUGUAUGUGGCUCUGCUAUUUGGCCGGCUAUACGUGCGCAAGUGUUUGUUUUCUUUAGCCACUAGCACCGCGAAGACUAUUUUCUCUCCUAUAGAGCAGAGGGGAGAAAAAAACGGUGGGAGGGAACUGAUGAGGAAGAAGAAGGAAGAGCUGUUCUAUAUAAAGCAAGCGCGAGGGGCUCAAGCUUGUGGUUUAAGAGCAUUUGUGGAGACGCUUGGAGGCUGAACUCAGGUGCUGUGAGUGAAGCCCACUCUGAAUGUGUACAAGUUCGUGACGUACUUGCGAGUGUGAGCCUGAGCCUGUGCGACCAUGCCAGGGUCUGGGAGCGGUUUAUCGGUGCAGCGCUGCCUCACCUUCACCACAGGUCUGGUGGAGUGCCUGUGUUUCGCUGGAGCCGUGUUUGGUUGGGCUUCUCUUGUGUUUGUCCUCAAGGAAGAAGGGUACUUCAGCUCUCUGUGUGUCAACGGCACAGGAGUCAAUGGAACACAUGUUUUAGAUUGCACCGAACAGGAUGAACAGUUCUCGCUUAUUUUCACCAUUGCUUCUUUUAUGAACAACUUUCUGACGCUGCCGAAUGGUUUCCUUUUUGACCGGUUUGGUACUACAGUGACUCGGCUCUACGGAAUAUUUCUUUACACCAUAGGUACGGUGAUGGUGGCCUUUUCUACUUCAGUUCUGGCCAUCCUGCUCUUCCCAGCUCUCUCCCUCCUGGCUGUGGGUGGCAUCUUAUUUCUGAUGACCAACAUGCAGGUAGGAAACCUGUUUGGCUCACAUCGCUCCACCAUCAUCACUCUUUAUAACGGGGCCUUUGAUUCUUCCUCAGCACUCUUCCUCGUCAUCAAGCUGUUGCAUGAACGUGGCAUCGCUCUUCGCUCCUCCUUCCUGUUUCUGUCCGCCUGCAGCGUCGUUCACCUGCUCAGGACUUUCUUCUUGCUGCCUCGGAAAACGAUUCCAUACCCGCUGCCGGAUAACUACACAUACGGGAUAACCUGUGGUAAAUCGGACAAUCGGAUUAGUGAGGUGGCGGAAAACAGAGAUGCACAGAAGGUAGAGGAAGUGCCGCUCAACAAGGAUGCAUCUGCAAAGCAAGAGAAGAGUUUCCGUGACUGUUUGCUGUCCAGGUUCUUCAUGUGGCAUCUGCUUUGGCUGUCAGUGAUGCAGCUCAGGCAUUACCUGUUCAUUGGCACCCUAAACCCUAUGCUGCAGAGGCUCACAGCUGGAGAGUCCUCACUGGUGAGUCAGUACACCAAUGCCUUUGCGAUCACCCAGCUAUGUGGCGUGCUGUGUGCUCCCUGGAACGGCCUCAUUAUGGACAGACACAAGGGCAAACCACGAGCUGAAGGGGAGAGCGAGCAGGAGGUGGACCUGCGGGCAACGGUGCUUUCUCUCUUCCUGACGGCCCUGCAGUGCCUGUUGUUUUCCAUUUGUGCCUCUACCCCAUACCUGCCUCUUCAGUACCUCACCUUCGUCCUGCAGGUGCUCAACCGCUCCUUCCUCUAUGGCGGCAACGCAGCCUUCAUCAGUGUGGCUUUCCCAUCCUGCCACUUUGGGAAGCUGUAUGGUCUGGUCAUGGCUCUGUCUGCGGUGUUUUCGCUGCUGCAGUAUCCCUGCUUUGCUCUGGUUAAAGUCUUGGAUGGGGAUCCGUUAUAUGUGAACAUUGGUCUGACAUUACUCAGCCUGCUGGCCUUCAUCCACCCCCUCUCAGUCUACCUGCACUGUCGAAGCGUUUCCUCCCAGCGGGUCAAGAAUAAAGCCAUGACGCAGUCUUCUUAAAGUCUGUACAGUGACUCAUUCUUAUAAGUUUACUACCAGUGAGAAUUACCUCUUCAACUUCUUAAAGUGCUAUUUCCACAUUCCUGACAGGAAGUAUUUGUAGUUUGCUCUUCAGGCUCUGUACUGAAAUAAUGAUAGAAGCUGAUUUUUUAAAACUGCAAAUGGUCUUUUUCUUUGAGGAUCACCAAAGUUUGCAUCUUAUAUUAGUGAGAUCUCCUCUUGAUCAAUGACUGUGCUUAUAUAAUUAUAUGGGGCUUUACUUUCACCGCGCUAAUAAUCUGCUUGUCUGCAUUUUGGUGCUAUUGCCUGUUUUUCCUUUGCAGACGUUCCUUUUAAUAAUUUCCCCAGCUACUGAUUUGUCCAAAUUAAUUGUAGUUUUUUUUUCACACUCACAUGAUUCUCACUUUAUAUUAACACACACCUCCACACCAGUGCAAAUAUAGCUGUAGACCAGCACUGAAUCAGCAACCAAACCUUACACGUCAUCUGUCAAACACAGUUCUUUGAAUAUUCAUAAAAAUCAUCUCAAAUGUACUUAAAACAAAACUGCUGCUCGCCCCGUUUUAUUGAAGUUUGCAUUGUUUUGCUUUAGAUUGAAUCUACUGAAAGACAGAGCCUGAAGAACAACAACAAGCAUUCAGAUACUAACUUUAUUGGCUGUUGUUUUUUUCUUUUUUUUAACGUACCAUAAGUUGGCUGUAAAUGCAUUUCAGAUUGUAAAGUGUGCAUUCGCAAAGCUUUGUGCAUGUCCAAUGCAAAAAUGACUGUAUCUGUCAUAGAAAAGAUUCUGCUCUGCAGCUUUUUAACUCUUUUGCAAUUUCAGAGUUUAAGCAGGCUCUGAGCUGCUGUCUCUGAAGCAUGUAAACAAACCGAUGGUGCUAAUGUGUGCUUUUCUCUAACCCUGCUUUACCGUCCAUUUCUGUAAUCAUGCUGGCUGCCCUAAUAAUAUAUGUGCAAAACUAUGACAUGUCUUGUUUCUUGUUUUAAUGCACUUUUAUUAUUACGUCUUUUUUUUUUCUAAUUUUCAAACAAUUGCUAGAUUGUUGGCAAGAUUACUGAAGGUAUGCAUGGAUUUGCAUAAAAACUCGAACUAAAUGAAGUUACAAAGUUUUCUAUAAAGUUACUAUAACAGUAAGGAUUCCAUGAAAUUGGGGGAGAUUAUACUUUUGCAAGUGCACAUCAAAUUGAAACAAGGUGAAACAUAAUUUUUAUUUUCCCGAGCAAAUAUGAAGGUAACCUAGGUCCAGAUGAAGUCUUGGAUCCAGGGGCUCUGUUCACACAUUGUAUGGAGGGAAUUCCAGCCUUGGCAGAGAAAUGCUUAUAACAAAUACACUGCAUUUGUUUGUUUGUUUUUUUUGUUUGUUUUUUUAAAUAUAUUGUGUCAUUGCUCCAGUGCGAACAUCUUCAACUUCUCUCUCUCCUAUACAUGUUUUUACCUCUAAAGAGUAAAGGACCAACAGUGUUGGCUAUAGUGACCACAUAAGGGACAUUUGGGAACAAAAGCAAUAAUUUUAAGCUCGUUCUUGGCCUUGAGCUAUUUAUUUAAGGAAUGUCUUGACAGUACGUCAAUAACUUGGUUGAUGAGGGAAGUGGAGAGUAUAAAAACUUUGCCAUCUGCUGGCUUCAGUGCACAUGGUACAAACUGCACUGACAUCAUGACAAUAAUCAACAGUAAGGGAUGCUUGUUUGCGUCCAGCAUGUGAAUUCUCAGGUGUUCAGUGUGGAGGAGCGUGGUUUCUUUUUUUUCUUUUCUUUUUUUUAAAUGUACUGUACCUGGUAAUGUUGACAUGCGAAGGAUGUUAAAGGGAAUGUCUCCUAUAGUGUUUGUUUCAAACUCUAAGUAUUUUUCUGAAGUGCCAAGUGUUAAGAGGUAGUAAUAAUAUUGAAAUUUGCAUGUAAACAGUACUGUGCCAAAGUAUUUACCCAUCGCUCGUUUCUUUAUAUUUUGCAAGCUCUUCUUUCAAUGUCUGCUGCCUUUUGCUCCAUUCUCUGUCAAGAUGAUCCCACACUGCUUCAUAGUGAGGUCCAGGCUUGGGAAGGUCAAUGACUGAUAGUGCUCAACUGUGCGUUUUGUUUUUUCGCUUUAUCAGGUAUGCUUUUACUGCACUGCCAGUGUGCUUGGAUUCUUUGUUUGGCUGAAAAACGAAGCUGUUGACAAGAAGAUGUUUUCCAGACAUAUCGCACGUAGGAAUAAAAUAGAUUUACAUUUUUCUAUGUUCAAAAUUUCACAAAUCAUGACAACACUUCACCAUGCCGCGAUGUGCCAAGUUUUUACCUAGUAACGCUAGGGUUUCCUUGUUGGUGCAAAUUACUUUUUAAUUUUUUUUUAUAAAUAUACCUUAUCAAACCAUUUUCUUGGGCAUUUUAUUUGUAGGUUAGACUGCUCAAAGCCACCUUAAAAAAAAAUAAAAGAUCUGAGCUCUUGGAAGCAAAAUCUAAAGAAACUACUCUAGUCUUUGCACUGUCUUGACCUACAAACUUCUUUUUUCAGCAACAAAAUGAUACAAGUCUUUUGAUAUUAUCUAUAGUGUAUCAAAGGGAAUUCAUAUUAGCCUUGAAUGCAGUUUCAGUUUUUAACUGUGGUGAAACUGUUAUAUCCUCAUGUGCAGGUGCCAAAGAUAUAGAAAGUGCAAUUAUGAUAUAAAGAAACCUAUGAGACAUGUCCAGUAUAUGUAUAUUUUACAUGCACAUAUCCAAUACUAUAUUUCAAUAAAUGUGAAAAUUAGUGGCUUUUUGUCCUUUAUUGAAUGUUUUGUCUGUUGCUUGAAUACUUGACCAAAUGAUGUAUUAUUACAACAGGUUUCUAAAGGUAUUUUGUGUGUGUGGGUGUGUGCGCACGCAUUUUAUAUAAUUAUACAUUAUUUAGGAUGUAAAGCAACAAAUAAACCAUUAGAUAUAUUAAAUGAAUAAUUGAAGACCAUCACUGAAGAUAAUUGGCACGUGCUCAACCAGGUUUGGUUUAUUUAUGGUGAUGAAGACUGUGCCAUUGUGUGACCUUAGUCUUUUUUUUUUUAGUUUGAAAAACUAAACAUGCUGCCAUCAUUGUGGGUGUGUUAUAUAGGAGAAAGGACCAUCUACCAGGAUAGGAGGCUUCUGUUCCACAUAUUUUUCUCUUUUAAUUUGACAGAUGUCGCGUGCUCCCCAUCUCUAUGGCACUGUAAGGCUAACGAGGUGGAAUUGCCAUGUGUAAAAACAUGAAGUGUUGAGGCUUUUCACAUGCGAUGGCUCUGUGGUUGCCUGACAGCAAAAGGGUCAUUAUGUGUUUCAGCUUCAAAGCAUGCUACCUUAAUUCACUUGUCACUGCUGUGCACUUGAGGAAAGAGAGCUGCAAAGUUGCUGCUCUGUUUAUAAAACUCAUGAUGCAUUAAUCAGCUUUAUAAACUGAAUAUUAGAUGUUCAGUUUGCUGCUGCAGAAUUAAAGACUAACAUUGGGAAAUCAAUCAAUCUCAAGACUACACACCUGGAAAGAAUGCUGUUAGUCCAAACAGAAAACAAGUGAAGGGUUUUAACAUGAAAUGAGACAGAUUCUUACAGUAUAUAGUAACCAUUUGUACAUAGUAUAGGAUUUUGGCUUUUUGUGCACAUUUUUCAUUUAUUUUUUUUCCAUUUUUAUUUUUAAAUCUCUAAUUCACUUUUUCUUCCUGUCCAUGUGCUGCUGUAUGUAACAAGUGAAUUUCCCAGUUUGAGAUUAAAUAAAA